ACCCAGUCCAAGAAUCAGUCUGGGUUCCGCUAUCCACACGCGGAGUGAGUUUUCGGCGCUUAAAGUGCUUAAGACCUUAAAGCGAGUUUAAUGCGUGGCAUAUACCACGGCAUAUACAUACCAUCGUCAUCUUUGCGGGGAAAAGUCUGCGGCAUAACAACUGCUUCCGAAAUUGUAAAUUCACAAUGCGGCGCGCAUCUCGAUUGAUUCCGUUCGGUUUCGUCAUCCUGCUCCUGAUUCUUCUGCUCCUCCAGCCAUCGACAGACGGCCACACACUGGGCGCCAGCUGCCAGACGCCCGAGAAGAGCGAAGGACGCUGUGUGCACUUCAGCUCCUGCCGGCUCGUCUUGCGUCACUAUGCGAUGUACAAGGAGCACAUGCCGCCAGCGAUAAUGCGAUUCCUGCAGAGGGUCCGUUGCAAGCCGAAACGCGAAGGCUAUCAUUUGUGCUGCGAACUCAAAGAUGUGAUUCCCGCGAACGCCAACUCCAAGUUGAAGUAAAUCAACUUCAAAGUGCCUCAUGUGCGUGCGAGCGAGUGUGCGGACUUUGAUCUGCUAAAUCAGUUGGUAGCUUUUUGUUUGGGCCCAUAACCGAAAUGUUAUGGCCGCGUGCGGCAUCGCCUUUAAUUAUAAUGUGUACACGAAUUAUGUAUUAAGUGCGCCUUUCGCCAGUCUCGCCAAGGCAACAGAUGCUGGGACAUAAUAAAAAAUAAAAAGUUUAGCCUCAAUCUUGACAGCUCCUGCUCGAGUUGGUUCUUGUGUAUUUAAAAGCAUAAAUAAAUUUGAACUUGCAACACCUACUGCCUGGCGUCUGUCAGUAGUCGGGCAUCGAAAUAAAUAUUUGAAAUAC